AUGUCCUCCUUGACCGACGAUGACCUCGAUUUCCUCUCCGUUGACUCGGACGAGUUGAGGCCCGACUUUGCCUCUGAAUUGGACCACUGGCGUCCCAGACGCUACAUCUUCAUGUACAACGUCGUCCGCGAAGCUUGUGCCCACUCGCCAGACCAGACACCCAGCACGUGGCUGCGCAUCAUCGAAGGCAGCGAAGACGAGGACACCAUGACCAUCUGGGCCGAAGGCGACGAGGCGGCCAUAGCGUGGGAGGCGGUCGAGGCGGAGCCGUACGACCUCUGGAAGGACGCGCAGGACGCGCUCCGACGUCGGUACGAUCGGUUGCACGACCGACGGCUAAAGACGCCAUGUCAGCCUACAUCCGACCCGGUCAUGCAGAGAAUAUGGGGUGCACCUGCCCCCGGCCUCCGCGCAGGCGCAAUUGCAUGGAACAUCCUCUGCUCGGCGGCUGUGAGGCGCGCGGACGCGCAGCGCGGGCUACGAUGCAGACCGCGCUUCUUCCUCGGGGACCUCGUGCGCAUCUGGGUCGCUGCGUCGCUGUCCGACGUGUCCUACGACAUCGUGCCAGGCGCAUACGCAAGGUUUGUGGCGAGGAUGCAGGAAGCGGGGCAUCGCUGCCAUGAGCGGCUCGGAGACGAGUUGAAACACUGGGUGCCGUUCAUGUGCUGGCUGCAUGGCACGGGCGAGUUGGGCAUGCAGGACCUCGACCCGUCUACGUGUGAGGCGUGUUACUCCAGGGUUUAUCAAAAUUCGGGCGUUGGUACUUGGCAAGACGACGAAGAGGCCCUCUUUGAGCUGAGACAACACCCAUUGCUACCCCAGUCCACCCACGGCGGCGCUCAAGUGCCACCUCCUGUCCUCCCAGCUCUUCUAGUUACCCUCUUCUGCCGCGGCGCCAGCGGGAAUACCCGACCCGUGCUUAGCAUAGAUCGCGCGGAACUAAUGGGCGUGCUCGAGUGCGUCUUCCACUUCCUAUCGUCAAGGCUCCGCGAGGACGCACUGCGCGAAUUUCGCGAGAUACUGUGGAAGUGUCUGUGCGAGGCGGAGCCCGACCCCGCGUACGCCCCGUGGAUCAACGUGUACCCGCCGGCCUGGCGGCCCUACUUGAGCCUCCUGUCUGCGUGGGACUGGGAGGAGCUCGUGCAGCUCGAGCAGGGCUGCCUGUUUCGCGGGCCGUACGCAGGCAAGGCGCGCCUGGCGUGGCGCCGCACCGUGGAGCAUACCAGCUGCUUCCCUGCGUCGCGCCGCCUCCUGGCUGCUGCUGCGGACGCAGGAGCGGGGGGCGCGGGCGGGCGGGCCACGGAUGUGCAGACGGUGAUGGCCGCGCUGGUCUGGCUUCUGCAGGACUAUGCGCUGGGCCCCACGGCGGACAGGCCGUCGGAGCACUGGAAACGGGUCUUCGCGGGCUGGGUGCGGACGUGCGGCUGGCUGGAGGACGCGUUUGUUGUCCCGCCGCUGGAGGGGAUGGAGGGACACCAAGUGCUGUCGCGCAUCGCGGAGUCCGGGCAUACGUGCUACGUCCCCGUCACGAUCCGCGAACCGCAGUACGCCGAUGUCUAUGGCCGUGUUCUGAUGUUGCUUCAUCCGCCCGAGAGCCGGGGUAUUGAACCACUCCAAGCGGAACGCGGGCCUGGUGUCGGUUACCGCCCCGCCGUUGGUUUCUUCCUCCAGCAGAGUGCAUCGGCAGACGCUACUGGACGCUCGGAUGAUCCUGAUGAUGCGGAUAAUGCCACGUUUUCUGAAGAUUGGGAUAAUCGUUGGGGAUACGAGGUGAUGGCGUGCUCCGCGUGUAUUGAACUCUGCUCUGGCCAGCCAGCGGUACACCGAACGAGUCAUGUUGCUCGUCGGAGAUCCGCUCCACCGCUGUUGAACGACGUGAUGUUCCUCCACGUCCGGUUUCGAUCGCCUUUAUCUAUUCCUGAGAUUUUCUCGUCUUUCAAUAUUCAUCCUGACGUGGAAGGGUAUGUCAUGGACAGCGUGCAGCGCAUUUUAGGGUCUGCUGCUUCGUCAAUGCGUUACAAUCUAAUCAAGGCUUGGGCGAUUUUGAUGCACUUGCUUUUGCGCUCCAAAUACUUGAAGGGGGAUACGAAUUGGAGAGCCCUGUCUUAUGACAUGGUCAAUACGUUUAGGGUAGUUCGGGCAUGCCUGGUCGAGAAUACCAUCAGGGGGAUGCACUCUCGCACGGAGUCCCCGGCCGAAUCUUUAGAAGCGUCGUUCAUUGAUUUUUUAGAUAUCCCCCUAGUGGUUCUGCAAACGGCUUCUGGGCGUCUUCGUUUCCCCAGCUGUCAACAAUGUGCUCUGACGCCCGAGUUCCGUAAAUCUCUGCUACGGAUAGUCACCAAGAUUUCGGAAGAUUUGGAGUUACUUCCUCGCAGACUCUUUCUGGGUGGUAUUAGAGUAAAGAAGUCUAAACCCUUGAGCGGUGGUGGAUUUGCCGAUGUUUACAAAGGCUACACGAGCUCCGACUACCCAGUGGUCCUGAAGCGUCUACGAGUUUAUAUGCUGAGUAAACUAGAGAGGAAAUCGUAUGAGAAGAGUUUUAGGAAAGAAGUGAUUCUAUGGUCCCAGCUGUGGCACCCAUUCGUCCAGCCGUUCCUCGGAAUCGAUGAACGCACGUUCAAGUCCGAGAUGUGCAUGGUGUCGCCCCGGCAAAGAAAUGGCAACCUCAAGGACUACCUGCAGUGUCACCCACUUCCUGCUCGCGAUAUCCAUUCACUGUUGCAUGAGAUUGCGCAGGGAUUAGCGUACCUCCACGGAGAGAAUAUCGUCCACGGAGAUCUCAAAGCAGAAAAUAUACUGGUAGAUGACGGCGGUCACCCGCGUCUGACAGACUUCGGCUUGUCCGUCUUGGCCGAGGCCACCCGUGGCGCAUUCUCAACAUCUCGAGAGGGUGGAUCUGCACCUUUUAAUGCACCCGAGCUAUUCCCGACGAAUGGUGAGGAUGUCCAAUGCUUCCGAAGAACCGUCUCCAGCGACAUUUGGGCCUUCGGUUGCGUCUGUGUCCAGGUUUGUACCGGAAAGCGUCCAUUCCCUGAUAUCCCAGAGGGGGUUAUUGGUUUCAAGCUACGGGCUGGUUAUUAUCCUCUCGAGUCACCAGAGGGAUCAGCCAUGACAGACGAAUUGUGGGAACUGAUGAAACAGUGUUGGCGAUUCGAUCCAAGUCAAAGGAUCUGCUCAGAACAUCUCGUGGAUGAGACCGGAAAAAUAUUCCGUUCAACGUCCAUUGCCUCCCAGAAGCCGCACGAGGUAUCAGGAGAUGCCAGCUGGUCUGGGCCUAUGUCUGUGGCGGCCUGA